AAUGAAAUUAAAAAAAAAAAAAAAAAAAAAAAAAAAGACAGAAAAAAAACACAAGAAUUGAUCCGAAGAUUUCUUGCGAAAUAUAGAGUUUAUGUCGGAAUAUAUGGACAGUUAAUGGACAAUGGAUAUACAGUUGUAAAGACCACCUUUCCGAAAUGACAAAAAUGUUUGUUUUUGACAGAUGGUCUCUCAAAACAGAAAAAAGCACUGAGAGAGAAAACGAAGAGGCUUACUGUGAACUCGAGACCAAAACCAGAUAUAAAAAUAUUCAUUUAGACACUAUUAUUCAAAGGAUCCUAUAUAGUUGCACGUAAAAAUACAAUAGAAUAAUGUCAUUAAAAGAAGCGGUUAAUAGGAAUUAUUUUGUCAUUCUUAUUUCAAUUUUAAUAAGUUUUGUUCUGUAUAUUACGUUUACUCAAACGUGGAAUAAAGAUGCUGUGAAAUAUUACGACACUAAUAGAAGGCAUGAACAGUUGAAUAUUCAUAAAUGCUUUAAGACUUUGUGGGAUAGAAAGGCAUUUAGUGAUUUUAUCAGGAACAAUACUACAGAAAAUGGCGGGAAUAUUUCGACCUAUCGAGAAAGUUCAUGUAAUCACUUCAUAAAAUUAGCCUCACCGGGUGGAAGAACGGGCAAUCAACUAUUUCAGAUUGCUGCAUUGUUCGGAAUAUCUUUUGAAUACGACUUUAUUCCAAUUAUUGAACCUUCGUUCCCUUUAUCUAAAUAUUUUGAUUUGCCAAAUGUAUCUAAGGUGAAAUUAAGCAAUUCGAGCAUAUGUACAUCACAGUUUCCCGGGAUAUUUUACAAAUGUUUUAACAGAAGUGAAAAUGAUAAGGCUUUUAAUAUGACACUUAAUGGAUAUUUCCAGUCCUGGAAAUAUUUUAAAAACAGUGCGGACAUCAUAAGAACAGUUUUAAAAAUUAGACCCAGAUAUAUGCAAAAUGCUAAACUCUUUUUACAGUUUCACAAAAAAGAUGGAUUCAAAAAUAUUUGUAUACAUGUAAGAAGGACGGAUAUGGCAGACAAGUCACUUGCACGAAAAGGUUAUGCAGCGGCUCCUAUCAGUUUCAUUUACAAAGCUAUACAGUUUUGUGAAGUCAAUUUUAAGAAAGCUAUUUUCUUUGUAUUAAGUGAUGAUAUUAAGUGGUGCAGGAAAAAUAUAAAACGUAAUGUCAUAUUUAGCAGUUUUACAGAUCCCGGGAAUGAUUUGGCCCUUAUGACGUCAUGUGAUCACGUGGUAGUAACGGCAGGUUCGUUUGGUUGGUGGGGGGCAUGGCUUUCAAAUGGAACGGCUGUUUAUUUCAACGGCUAUCCACGCCCAGGAACUAAGGCAGAAGCAGAAUAUAUACGUGAGGAUUAUUAUCCUCCGGACUGGAUUGGGCUAUCGUAAUGAUGAAUUGUACGACCAUUUUAUGGAGAAUGGAAUAUUUCAAAGUUUGAAUUUUCGGGUAAAUGCAAACGCAUGGCAGUUUGUGGGGAUUUGGUCCGACAUAAGAAAAAAUAUUGAGAAUUAUAGAGACCUAUGCCACGUUUAGGUUGUAGCGAGUUGUUGAAAUUUCCUAUGUAUCUCUUUCCGGGCACACGAUUGGCAAAAGCUAUGACGUCAUAAAUAUGACAGCCUAAGAGAAAAUAAGAAGGGAAGAAAAUAUAUAACUGCUGAAUAACUGCAGGUGACAGCGUCCUCGAAAACGAUAACUGUAAUUGUACUAUUGAUAUAUGUACUGAUGGUAAUGUUUAUUCUAGAUAAAAGCACUUUUAUGAAACA